AUGAUUCCAGCAUUGCCUUUAGGACGCCCCGUGAUUCGUUACAUGAAUGGACGAUCAGGCAAUAGUCUUCGCCCCUGCAAGCUUAUUAGCGUUCCGGAAAUCGCUGGGGCUCCGAUCAAUGUUAACCCAUCAUCGAAUAUUAAUGGCAGACUCGUACGAUCCAAAGGCACUGAUCCGUGGCUCCAGCAAUGGGGACAGCAAUGGGAAAUUAUAUGUCAGACCCAAAUGCUGACGACUUGCGAUGCCGUUCCCAUGCAAAACCCGAACUCAUCGAGCUUGAUGGCCAUCAUCGCGAUGGUCGUAUAG